UACGGCGAGGUCGGCGAGGCGAUUAUCAUGAGUGCUGUCGAACGCCUCUUUCCGCGACACAUCUUGCAAGAUGGGGAUUUCCGGCCUUUCUCUGCAAAAGGAUUCACACAGCUCAUUCUCGCGCCCGAGGCGGCACUGAUGCUCAUCGCUGAAGACCGCACAAUCACGCUCGCAGAAGCGCGGCAAGUUGCGUUGUCAAGCUCCAUGUAUGGAUACUUUCGGUUCCCA